CCAACCCAUGCAGGGAAAUGCUGUAUGCUGGUAGGGUUUUCGCUAGGGUUACGGUUGAUCUUGGCCCGUUGUCCAUCGGUAGAGUUGAAGCGUUUGUCUGGGUGGUUUGGUGUUUUCCAUCCGCGCUUUUUCCCCGCAAGCUGGAUUUUAAAGUUUUAAAGUGCAAAGUUGUGUAGAAUAAUUUAAACAUCUAUUCAGUGGAAUCUGCCCCUGUUUUCCAUCUCCCCAAACAAGUAAAAGCAUCAUUUCACCACUACAACAACACGUAAGCAACUGGGCUAGCCCACGUUCUUCCCAAAUCACUCAGCAUCGAGGAUAUUCGACCACCAUUUGUUUAAUUUGAGCACAAAUCAAAUUAAAACGAAGCAGCGCAAAGUUUGAGUGAAGCAACCGUCCAGUUGAUUGAUUUUUCGUUGCGCCGAUACCAAAAACUUGUCCCAUCUUGAGCGAAAGUAUGGCGGCGACGCAGAAACGACUUGUGCACAAGCAGUUCAACUCGCCGAUCAAUCUGUACUCGCAGAAAAACAUCCAGGAAACGCUCGACCGCGAACUGAAGCUCCUGUCGAACGGGGCCGUCGGAAUCGACUUCGAUGACCCAUCGACGACCAAGCCACCGAGCCUGGCCAAAUCGGCCGUGCUGGCCGCCCUCGAGGAGGAGGAGCGUGAAAAGUCACGCGGCACUGCUGCCUUCGGACGUCAGAGCCGCUCCCGACAACCGACCCGGCCGACCGACCCCCGUACCGUGUCGCCCUGCAUCGACCGUGAAACCGUGCUCAAGAUUAAUCGUCGUCCGCUUCAGCGACGGCACCGGUCGUGCGACAACUUUUGGCCUCCACGGUCACCGGCGACCGGCGAAGCGCACGGACGUCACCGAUCGCCGGCCAGAGAUGAGGAUUAAAAUAAUUGCACCAUUUGCAGACCGAAUCAACCGUCCCGAAGUGAAACUGUCUCCGAUUAACGUGGCAACCACAGUUACAGCAACGCAUCCAACGUACCGGGCUGUCAAUCCGACAACGUUCCCACCGGCCGGAGAAACGGUUCCCCGUCCCGUACUGCAAUCUACGGUUGACCCGACCGGCGGUGAUAAUGAUGUCACCGGUUUAAAGCAUCCUCGAACGUUAGCUACCCCGGACAGCUGCAUCGUACCGGACGAACGUUGCGAAUCGCUUCGAAAUGUUUUCCACGUGCCUGAUGUCCGUACCACCGACCGACCCGUUCCUGCAACCGAACAGACACUGCACCAAAGCAGUAACGGCGUUGAUGUUGAUUAUUUUAAAACAAAUUUCACGGAUGAUAAAACACCGGACGUCAACGCAAACAGGGCGCACAGUUUCGAUGAAGAACCGAAUAAAUACGACACCCAAACACCGCAGGACAAAUCAAUCGACCCCGACCGUUUCGGUGCGGCGGCCGAAAAUAGCGCCCCGGUGCCGGUGCGCCACACCGAAGACAACAACCGCCGGGCGGUACAACCGCGCAUGAUUAGUUUCACCGAUGGUGAGUUUAUUUUUGGUCCGUUCGACGAACGGGCGCUGGAAUUCGGACGAUUUGAAUUAUUGAGCGAUAAACUGGGGGCGCGAAAUCAACCUCCCGCUGGGACCGGUACGAUGGCGACGACGACGACGAUGAUGACAGCAGCUGCUGAUGAACGUCCGCAUCGGGCCUUCCUUUCCGACGGGGCCAAGAUCACCGGGCGUACCGGGCCGCCCGAUGAGUGCCUACGCCGGAACGCCACAUUAUCGCCCGGCCAGCGAGAAGACGAAACGAUUCAGGUGGAAAAUAGUGCCGUACCCGGUGACGAUAAAUGGAAAAUUGCUACGCCAGCCCCCAAAAGCGAUGACGACGACGAUCGUCAACAAACUUCACCCUACUGCGACGACUACACCCGUUGGGCACGGUUCGAAAAUGGAAAUAUAAGUCCUCCGCCAUCGGAAAAUGAGCUGACCGCAGACGGUAACCGCAAACAGUCGGCCGAUUCCCCCGCUCAAAAGCGUCGAACGCGUGGCGAAGAAAUUGAGGACAUUUUUCAACAGCUUAACCAAUCGCUGAAAGCAAACGCUGCCACGGUGGCCGUCGAAGCCGACGGUACCGAGUCGGCGGCGAAGGCAACGCUCGGUCAGCUGGUAGAGAAUGUGCCCGUCAUCGAACGCAUACUGGACGAUUUGUUGACCUUCUCGAAGCAGCUGCUCGAACAGAAGCACUACCUCGAAGCGAAAGAAUCGAUCGAUGAUGCAAACGAAGACGCUGUCACGAAGCUGCCACCCGCGAAUCGUGGCACCGCACAGCUAGCGGAGAUAAAUGAUGAUAAUUUAAUUAAUUUAUUAGGCAACGGGAACGAGGCGGUGGACGCUGGAGAGGCUGUUGACCAGCGAGACAACCCGGGCGAGUCGUCCCCCUAUAAGUCGCACAAUGCCGAGCCGGACGUUAGCGAUGCGAGUGAAACACCAGGCGUCUCCAUCGUGCCGGAGAACGAAAAAUUGGCAAACAAUGACUCGAACAACAGCAAUCAGGCGGGUGACUUUGUCAGCGGGCUCACGCCAAACGGUUCCGACGAGCGUGCUCAGCAGGAAGACCUAUUUACCAACGUGGCCAUCUUCAACUGGAACCCGCUGGACGUCUAUCAGCAGCACGGCCUGUUUAUGAUUGAUCCCCGGUUCGCUUUGGCAGACAUGCGAGCCAUUUCGCCCGUGCCCACCACCACACCGCUUCAGCCUUUCCUCAAACCGCUACCCACCGUACCGGAGGAAAUGGAUACUGCUGUCGCUAACGACCACGCGAUUGACGCUCACCGUGCUCAAGUACCGGGCGUCUCCAUCGACAACCAAUCAGCAAAAAAUUACACCACUAAGGCGAACUCACCGUGCGGAAGGAACGAUGCAAGCGGUGCAAGCACUUUGCACGACUCUCCAUCAGCCACGCCGAAGACGGCCGGGCCCGAUUGGAAAAUGGACGCUUGUCACAAUUAUUGUUCGCCGAGUGUUGAUCCUACGGUAACUGCUGGCUCAUCGGCACGAACCGGACGACUGUCGUCCGACCGGUGACAAUGUAGAUAAGAUUGUGCAAAUGAAUCAGGUGUUACAUUUCUACGACUCGAGCCACGUACACUAUCCGCUCGGAUCUCCGGACCAUCUGGACAGCCGUCAGCAACGUGAGCUGAACCGUCCAACGGCACUGACCAACGCAACGGCCGACGAAGGUACGUACCACUGACUGGGAUGGUUGGUGGAUUUGUGGUGCACACACGUGCAAACACACAUACACACACGGACACAAACUCCGAUGUAUGCACAUAGUAAGCUGCAAUUGUUGCAGUGCUUUUGAUUGGCUGUGUUAAGUCCACGUGUUUCCACCGGCUCGUUCACCAUCCUGUGUCCUACUUCGGCCCCGAACUCCCAACCACCGAACUCCCAAACAACAGUUCAGUACGUGUGCGUGUGAGUGUUAAUGUACACCGUUGUGAUAAUAUCCGAUUACGUUCCGUAUAAUGUGAGUGGUGAGAGAAAAAUUUAUCACACGCCACAGUACGAUUUGCUAGAUUGCUUCUCUCACGUGUACCGACAGGCGUGUGAAAUCUAUGCAGUGGGUUCAAUUACAACGCGUCACCACUGUUAAACUAUUACGCAAACUGGUGUACGAGUUGGGCUUCGGGUUGUGAUGAAAUUGUUACAAAGUGUUUAAAAGACAGAUGUUGAAUAGAAAAGCUUUGACCGUGUAUUUCCCUUUUGUACUUAACAAUGUUUCGUAAAGGUAUAAUAAAUUAUAUGCUUUAGAUAUCAACUA